AUGGUAGAUGUUAUAUCAAAUCAUCAACGGUGGAGGCACAGACAGAGUAUUUUCAAUGAUAUAGAAGAUGAGAUUGAUAGGCUGCAUGUUGGAGGGUUAGAUGAUAAAGAUGAUGUUAAGCUUUGGAAGUGGGGUGAAGGGAAAUUUGUGAGUAAGUUCUCUUCAAAGAAGACCUGGCAACAUGUGCGAAGUGAGCAUCAAACUUGCGCUUGGAGUCAAGGUAUAUGGUUCCCUCAGUCUACUCCAAAAUACUCUUUCAUAUUAUGGAUUGCGAGAAGGAACAGAUUGCAAACGGGAGACAAAAUGCAAGCUUGGAAUGUCUCUGUGAACGCAGAGUGUGUUAUGUGUCAGGGAGUUCAAGAGACAUGCCAACAUCUCUUCUUUCAGUGUCCUUACUCGACUGAAGUGUGGGAAUCUCUGGUGAAAGGGUUUUUUAGGGAUGAUUUCACCACUGACUGGGAUGAUAUUGGGGAAAUGGUUUAUGGUAGAAGCUACCCUCCAACAGAAAUGUUUCUUAUCAGAUACUCUCUUCAGGUUGCAGUCCAUAGCAUUUGGAGAGAAAGAAAUGGUAGAAGGCAUGGAGAGGAACCAAAAGCGGCUGCCAUACUGAGUAAGCUUAUCGACAAAACGAUAAGGUUUCACCUUCUUGCUGUCAAAGCCACGGGUCAUGCAUACUUGGAAAGGAGUUUACGCAUUUGGUUUGGAAUAAGGUAA